UUUCUUCCAACCUCCCCCCUUCCGGUCUUUUGGCGCGUCCCCGUCGUCCCUUGCCCACAUAUCCGGGGCCUAUAAACACAUCGAUUAAAUGAGACGUCUUUCUACGCCGAACAGCCCCGUGACCUUGUAGAGGAAGCGUUCGGAUCAUGUCCUCGAGGGGUAGCGCCGUUAUUUCGACUUACCGCCUGGGAUCGUAGUUCUCCGACAAAGUCGCUUUCAACCUAUUGAACAAUAUCUAUCAUCCGUUGAGAUCCCUGAAACUCAACCACACAUAUCAUGGAAAACUCCGCCGGUCUGAGUGAUAUCCAAAAGGCCGUCUGGGACGGCCGGCUACCAUUACAAAUAACCCUGGCUCCGGCAGAGAGCCGUACAUAUGACCAGACAGAUCCCUAUCUUAUCGCCUAUCCACGCCUCUCGUAUCUGCCGUUUUUACUGCCCAAACUGAAAGCUUUCUUCUCAUCCUCUUUGAUAGAGUCCGACACUCCGGCCCACGAAGGGUGGUUCUCGUUUGAAGGCGUUCCGCUCAAAUGGCACCUCCCCGCCGGCUUGCUGUAUGACCUGUACGCUGGAGCGGACCCAGCGUCUCGGGGUAGUAGGUCCGACGAUGCGGAUUCGAACGACGAGACCCUCCCUUGGAGGCUGGUGGUGCAUUUCAGCGAAUGGCCGCACGAGGAGCUGGUUCAAUUAGACAGCAACGGACUCGUCAUGCACGAUGCUUUUAUCAACAGCGUCAAGGAAGCGGAUUUCCUGCGCAACGGAAACGCUAAGGGAAUUAUGAGCCUUUCGAAGGAGGACUCGUCGGGAUUAUGGGAUUCCGUUCGGGAUGUAAACCUCUCUGACUUCCAACGCAUCUCCAACAUGCUUCUGCCCCCUCCCUCCCAAUCUUUCCGCAACAUCCCCAUUCGACUCUUCCUCCCUCUCCCUCCCGACUCGGAGUCUCCGUCUCUGAAAGUCGUUCAAUCUCUUGUUUCCCCCACUCUCCCGUCCGCCAAUGUGGCGGCCAGCCAAGUGCUUCCGUCCCGUGGUAGCCCGGCUCCCCAGACCCAGACCAUUGGCACCGCAUUGCAUUCGCUCCUUCCGAAUCUUUUCCCCAGUCGCCGUACCCCUGUGCUCGCGAAGCCAGUACUACACGGCGCUGUGGUGCCCAUGUCGACGCCCGUCGAAGAGUUAGUGAGAAGUUCGAUGUACGGGGAUGGAUGGCUCUACGUUGUGAUUAGGAUGAUGGGGUGAUUGUCCUGGGGAGUUGCUUGGGUAUUUACCUGCUUGUGGCAGUUUUGCUUUUGUUGAGAAGUUGAAUCUUGGAGAUGCGUUCUGGUUUAUAUGAUGUGGUUCCAUGGUAUAUGCUUACAAGAUAUGUCUCUGUGUGGGAUCUUUCCUAUCAACUGACAAAAGAG